CUGUUCAGCCAUUAAAUGCCCCUUUCUCCCUCCCUCCCAGCCUACCUGCUGAGCUGCAGCUUCCCAUCCCGACCUGCCUACGGCGACGUCUCGGUCACCAGCCUGCACCCCGGGGGCAGCGCCCGCUUCUACUGCACCACGGGCUACCAGCUGCAGGGCCCGCCUGCGCUCACCUGCCUCAACGCCACCCGGCCCUUCUGGAGCAGCCGGGAGCCCAUCUGCGUGGCGGCCUGCGGGGGCGUGAUCAGAAACGCCACCAUCGGGCGCAUCGUCUCGCCGGGCUUCCCAGGCAACUACAGCAACAAUCUGACUUGCCACUGGCUGCUGGAGGCCCCCGAGGGCCAGCGCCUGCACCUGCACUUUGAGAAGGUCUCCCUGGCUGAAGACGAUGACAGGCUCAUCAUCCGGAACGGGAACAACGUAGAUGCGCCGCCGGUGUACGACUCGUACGAGGUGGAGUACCUGCCCAUCGAGGGCCUGCUCAGUGCCGCCCGCCACUUCUUCCUCGAGCUCACCACCGACAGCAGUGGCGCCUCCACUGGCGUGGCGCUCCGCUACGAAGGUGAGGCCUGGGCCCUGUCUCCCCGGGAAAUAGAACAGGUUCCAAGGCACCGCCGAGUGGGUCACGUUGGGCCCAAUUGCUCAGAAACCGGCAGCCCGAGGCUGGGGUCCCCCUCUGGACGGCACCAACCAGCCCCACGGAGCAUGUCUGUUUGCCACCCUGGCCAGCAGAGUCACACUAGGAACCCCCUCAG